UUUUACAGCCAGAAACACAAGCAACAUGGACCUCUGUCUUCUUUCUGUGUUCUUGCUUCUGCUCACAGGGGCUUGGGGCCAAUAUGGGGACUAUUACCACUCCUAUGGGGGUGAUGAUGACUGGGUCAAUGUGUAUCGGCAGGGCUUCAACUUCCAGUGUCCACAUGGGCAAGUAAUAGUGGCAGUGAGGAGCACUUUCAGCAAAAAAGAAGGCUCCGACCGACUCUGGAACUAUGCCUGCAUGCCUACUCCGCACAACUUGGGAGAGCCAACAGAGUGUUGGUGGGAAGAGAUCAACAGAGCAGGACUAGAAUGGUAUCAAACAUGUUCAAAUAAUGGACUGGUGGCAGGAUUUCAGAGCCAGUAUUUUCCAUCUGUACUUGAUCGGGAGUGGCAAUUUUAUUGCUGUCGCUACAGCCGAAGAUGUCCAUAUUCAUGUUGGUUGACAACAGAACAUCCAGGACACUAUGGUGAAGAUAUGGACAUGAUGCUGUACACUUAUGAUCACUACAUCCGUGGUGCCACCACAACUUUCUCUGGUGUGGAAAGAGAUCGUCAGUGGAAGUUUAUUGUCUGCAGAAUGACAGAUUUUGACUGUCAAUUUGACAACUUCUAGAAGUAUCCAUUCUAUACUGUGUUUUUUUGGGGGGAGCAGGUUGUAUAGAAAAGAGGGUGUAAGGAAAAGAGGGGGGAGGCAUUAUGGUGACUAUGCUCCAGCUCUUUUACAGUGGUAGAGCCUGGAAAACUUACUUUUUUGAAUGAUAGCCCCCAGAAUCCUCCUGCCAAUAUGUGAGAUUCUGGGUGUUGUAGUCCAAAAGUAAUUUUUCUAAGUUCUUUGCAGUAGUCCAAGUCUGUAAUGAAAUGGGCUGGUAAGUACAAUACUGUUCCAUUCUACUCAUCCAUGUGGUUUUUCAUUAGUGAUUAACUAUGUUGCUUCACAGAAUGUCUGCAGAGCAUGUGUGCAGAGUACUUUAGCUUCUCCUGCUUCCUAGCCUAUUUAUGUCCCUGGCAAAUGACACUGCAAGAACAACCUUAGUAGUGUAGUGUGUGUGCCCAGCUUCCUGCUCCCAUGGUAAUGAGGCUCCUACUCUUUCUCUGAUCACUUCCCAUACUCCUGCUUAUAAGUUACAAUACAUAGAUGAGUGUGUGGGAAGCUGUCCAGACAUUAGCUUCCCUAUUUUUUUAAAUCUGUAGCUACUUGACACUGUUUAGAUAAUUUCUGAUAUAAACCUAGGUAAUAUUUCGUCUUUGCUAACUAGCUCAUCUAUGAACACACACAUACAUCUUGAUUUUUUCCAGAGCAUCUUUUGCAUCCAUCACACCCCAUUAUCAAUUUUCAAAAGGGAUUGCAAAAGCAUCUUAAUUUUUGUUUUGCUGAUCUAUAUCAGGGCUACUCAUUUACACACAGACUCUAUCACUGUGUGUGGUCUUCUCAGUACUCCACAGCUAAGAUUACAGAGUAUUACAGAGGUACUGUCAAUGCCACAAUUUAGCAACCCAUGCCAAUAUUUUAACACAUUUGUAUUAUUAUACAAUACAGAUGGCUUGCAGGAAAAAUCAGCUCCUGAUAUUGCCCAUUAACAACACCUCAUGAUGCUUUUUGGAUUGUUUCUGUGUGUAAAAUUGUAGUGAGGUUAAUGAAGUCCUCUUUGAUGGCCUUCUCUAAUCUGGUGGCCUUUGAUGCAGCCUUCUCUAAUCUGGUGUCCUUUAGAAUUAUGGGAUUACAAUUCCCACGAUGCACCAGCCAGUUCAGCACAUUUGGACAGUGCUAGAUUAGGGGAAGUUGCCUUAAUGUCUUCAUUUUGGAAUCAUGUCAGAUUGGUUUUGUAAAUGGGAAGUUUACCAAAUUAGAAAUAUCCAUGUUUUCUCUGUCCUGUCUUGUAAUUGGAGAACUGUAAUAAAUGUAAGAAUACCAGAUUUUUAAAAUUCUACCCGGGAAGGGCAUUUGCAAUUGUACGGCUGAAGCUGUUUAUGUAAAAGUGAUAACAUACUUCUGGCAUUUGCUGUGUAGAACAAAUGAGAGGGAGACUUUACUGAGCAGUGUUUAAAGCUUGACCAUAAACCUGAAGCCAGUGUUUCUAUCAUAGGGGCAAUUUAAAUCUAAAAAGGAGAGAUACUUCAGAAUCAAAAGACAACUGUAUGAAAACAAAAUGUGGACUCCAAAUGCCUGUAUUGGGACAUCUUUAAUUUGUUUAGUAUUUACAAUGCACUUAUCAUAAAUACGUAAAGAAAUAAAGUAAU